UCAUUCCAGCGCACAUGGAAAGGCAGAGAAACAGCAGAGGAUCGCGCUCAGGGAUUUUACGCGUAAAGCGGCUAUAAGGUGAUUUUACUGGAUGCGCUUUAUAACCGGACUACACCAGAAUGACAUUUGAGGAGGAUUGGACAUUUAAACAACUGCUCUCCGUAUAGGGAUAUUCACCGUGCAACAUCUAUAAACGGACACGCAUGUUCUCUCCACUGAUGAAAAAGGAAAGAAAGAAAAAAUACCCAUGCAUGGAGCAUUUAUACCAGGUGGAUGAGUUUUAAACCUCUUUCAGCGCUGCUUUAUUAGAUAUCUUUUGCACAUUGGGAUUACAUAAACUCUGCUGAAAUUAUCGGCGCGUUUCAGAGGAUUGCGGUUUAUGGAAACAGAGCUGAGCAGAAGACGUCUGAAGUUGGAGAAAGAAGCUGAACUGAGGGUCUGAAGGAUUUUACAAUCUCCCCCCGGAGCUCCACUUUCAUGUCCGAAGUCUCUGGUUUAUGACAAUGGAUUAUUUGCUGUUUUUAUGCGGCUUUUUGCUGCCUCUGUCCUCGGCUGUUGAAGAAACACUGAUGGACACCAAAUGGGCCACAACUGAGCUGGCCUGGACUUCACAUCCUGAGACUGGGUGGGAGGAAGUUAGCGGUUACGAUGAUGCCAUGAACCCCAUUCGAACGUACCAAGUGUGCAACGUUCGUGAACUUAACCAGAACAAUUGGCUUCGCAGCGACUUCAUCCCUCGGAAGGACGUUCUCCGCGUUUACGUGGAGAUGAAGUUCACUGUGAGAGACUGCAAUAGCAUUCCCAACAUUCCAGGAUCAUGUAAAGAGACCUUCAAUCUGUUCUACUAUGAGUCCGACUCGGAUUCAGCCACCGCCACCAGUCCAUUUUGGAUGGAGAACCCUUACGUUAAGGUGGACACCAUUGCUCCGGAUGAGAGCUUCUCUAUGUUGGAAUCUGGUCGGGUCAACACCAAGAUCCGCAGCUUUGGUCCACUUUCCAAGGCUGGCUUUUAUUUGGCUUUCCAGGACUUGGGCGCCUGCAUGUCUUUAAUCUCCGUCCGGGCUUUCUACAAGAAGUGUUCCACAACCAUUGCCAAUUUUGCCGUCUUCCCAGAAACAGCCACUGGCGCUGAGGCCACGUCACUAGUCAUUGCCCCUGGGACUUGCGUACCAAACGCUCUGGAGGUUUCUGUCCCUCUUAAACUCUACUGCAAUGGAGACGGAGAAUGGAUGGUUCCUGUGGGUUCCUGCACUUGCAUGGCUGGGUUUGAGCCUGCAGUUAAGGAGACACAGUGUCAAGCUUGCAGUCCAGGUACCUUUAAGUCCAAGCAAGGAGAAGGGUUAUGUUCCCCGUGUCCAUCAAACAGCAGGACGAGUUCUGGAGCUGCCAGCAUCUGUUCCUGCAGGACAGGCUACUAUCGGGCGGACAGUGACUCACCUGAUUCAGAAUGCACCACUGUGCCGUCAGCGCCACGUAAUGUUAUCUCCAGUGUAAACGAGACAUCACUUAUACUUGAAUGGAGUGAGCCACGUGACCAAGGUGGAAGAGAGGACCUUCUCUACAACGUCAUCUGUAAGAAAUGUCUUCCCGAACGUGGCACCUGCACACGGUGUGAUGACAAUGUGGACAUCUCUCCACGCCACCUUGGGCUUACAGAGAGACACGUGACGAUCAGAAACCUUCAGGCUCACACCCAGUACAGUUUUGAGAUCCAAGCCGUCAAUGGAGUAUCCAGCAAGAGUCCCUAUGCACCCCAGUUUGCCUCUGUUAACAUCACUACCAACCAGGCUGCUCCCUCUGCAGUUCCUACUGUCCACCUGACGGGGGCCUCGGCCAACACCAUGACUCUUUCCUGGCUCCCCCCUGAAAAACCAAAUGGCAUCAUCUUGGAUUACGAGAUUAAAUACCAUGAGAAGGACCAGGGAGAAGCUAUUGCCCACACUAUGACAGCCCAGCACAGCUAUGCUCGCAUUGAUGGUUUGAAGCCGGGUACACCUUAUGUGGUGCAGGUCCGAGCCCGAACGGUGGCAGGGUAUGGCCGCUACAGUAGCCCAACAGAUUUUGGCACCAACCAUCAAGCUGAUGCAGACAAGGCGCUACAGGAGCAGUUACCCCUCAUUGUAGGCUCUCUGACCGCAGGACUGGUCUUCAUCAUUGUUGUUGUGGUCAUUGCUAUUGUCUGCCUUAGGAAGCAACGUAAUGGCUCAGAAUCUGAAUACACAGAAAAGCUGCAACAAUACAAAUCCCCUAUAGUCACUCCGGGGAUGAAGGUCUACAUUGACCCAUUCACCUACGAGGACCCAAAUGAGGCCAUCCGCGAGUUUGCCAAAGAGAUUGACGUUUCCUGUGUGAAAAUCGAGGAGGUCAUUGGCGCAGGUAACCAACACCAAAAGCUCCUGAGCAACAGGGGGAAGACAGCUAGGCACACCCAGGCCAUACCUUUAGAGGACUUCACCUCAAGCGGAGAGUUUGGAGAGGUGUGCCGUGGCCGCUUGAAGCUCCCUGGACGGCGUGAGAUCAUUGUGGCCAUCAAGACUCUAAAAGCAGGCUACACGGAACGUCAAAGAAGAGACUUCCUGAGUGAGGCCAGCAUCAUGGGCCAGUUUGAUCACCCUAAUAUUAUCCGCCUGGAAGGGGUGGUGACGAAAAGUCGACCAGUCAUGAUUGUCACUGAGUUCAUGGAGAACGGAGCACUGGAUUCCUUUCUUCGGCUAAAUGAUGGACAGUUUACAGUCAUCCAGCUUGUUGGUAUGUUAAGAGGAAUUGCUGCUGGCAUGAAGUAUCUCUCUGACAUGAACUAUGUGCACCGAGAUCUGGCGGCUCGCAACAUUUUGGUCAACAGCAACCUGGUGUGUAAGGUGUCAGACUUUGGCCUUUCUCGAUUCUUGGAGGAUGACCCCACUGACCCCACCUACACCAGCUCAUUGGGAGGAAAGAUACCUAUUCGUUGGACAGCCCCAGAGGCUAUUGCUUAUAGGAAGUUCACCUCAGCCAGUGACGUCUGGAGCUACGGCAUUGUGAUGUGGGAAGUGAUGUCAUAUGGCGAGCGGCCAUACUGGGACAUGAGCAAUCAAGAUGUGAUCAACGCAGUCGAGCAGGACUACCGACUGCCCCCACCCAUGGACUGCCCUACUGCUUUGCAUCAACUCAUGCUAGACUGCUGGGUGAAAGAAAGAAACUUGAGACCUAAAUUCUCUCAGAUUGUCAACACCCUGGACAAGCUAAUUCGCAAUGCCGCCAGCCUUAAGGUGGUCACCAGUACACAUUCUGGGGCCUCCCAGCCGCUCCUCGACCGCUGUGUGCCUGACUACACCACCUUUACCACUGUGGGUGACUGGCUGGAUGCCAUCAAGAUGAGCCGCUACAGAGACAACUUCCUCAAUGCUGGCUUUGCUUCUUUUGAUUUGGUGGCCCAGAUGACUGCAGAAGAUCUGUUACGGAUAGGCGUGACAUUAGCCGGCCACCAAAAGAAGAUUCUGGGCAGCAUUCAAGACAUGAGACUGCAAAUGAACCAAACGCUGCCCGUCCAGGUCUGAGAAGAGACUCUUUCCUACAGAUACCUUAAAGACGACCCUCCUCCCCCCACCCAGAUCAUCUCCACUAAUCGGAUGAAACUGGCUUGCAGUGCCUCGGACAACUCUUUCUUUCCCAUUUUGUUUCCCGCAUUAUUUUACACCCGCCAGGAUUAGAUAAGAUAAUUUUGUACUUAUUUUGUAAGAACGGAAAGCCCGUAUCCCAUGCAUUCAUUCGGGAUGAGGUGUCUUUUUUUUUUUUUUUUUGGCGACUGCAUGCGCGCGUGUGAUGUUUUCUUUCUUUUCGUUUUGGGGAGGCUAGCCGGGAUUGGCCCAAAUCUCCAAAUAAUGCAUUUCUCCCUGAAAACUGACUCUGAGGGAUGGACUCUCCUAGACGGACGUCACGUACGGAUGAGAUGCUCCUCUAAUAGAUACACAUAACUUGAAUAUAAAGACAAAAAAGGACUAAAAGUGAAUAUAAAUUCGCUAAGCGCGUGGACAUGAUCGCGCAAAAAUCCCUCCGAUGCUAGCAGAUGUUUUAUUGUGCGUGUGAUUUACUUUUUUGUGCUUACUCCUCAUCUUCAUAUUGAAGGUGUUUUAUUUAAGGGCACAAGCCUCAAACGGAUUGGUUGAGGGCGGAAAAAUCACGGAUUUGUCGGAUUUGAGGAAGUUGCUUUUUUUUUGGUCCACCAGGUUUAAACUAACACAAAGGACUUCUUUAGAAUAGACCUGGUGAACUCAGGAUGCUUUCGUAGUUUCACAUAAUGGAUUUCUCAGCUCUGUUUUUCACUAUUUCAACUGCUCUUUAUUUUCUUUGUAUUCUCGUCUGUUGUUUUACUUCAUCCUGUUUAGUUUCUGUUCCACAGCGAGUUGACAUUUAGCUCAUUGUUAACCAUUAUAUCAGGAUUCUUUAGCAGUUAGAAACGGAGGAGGACUGUGGUAACUUGCACUACACUGGGAGAAAUCGGUUUUAAAUCAAUAUCACAGCAACAUUUCUUACUUAGAGUUUUUGUCUUGUUUCUAGGUGAAAUGUCAUCAAAGUUUUUAAAUCAAGAAGAAUUUCUAGACAAACACAAACAUUUGCUUGUUUUAAGAAAUAACGUAAAAAUUAAGUGAGUUUUUUAAGCAUUUAUAUAUAUAUAUAUACCAACCUGGCCUCCGUUACACUCACCCCCCUAAACCUCACUCCUAUCCCGGACGAGCCCCCACACAUAACCCACCGGUAUUGUACCCAACCUUUGCUGAGCUGGGAUCGAACUGCCGAUUCUGUCCAUGGGAGUCAGUUGCUCUAACAAGGAGUCUAAAGACCAUGGCAUCUAGCAUCUGUCCCAAAAAUGUGUUUGUUUUAAGAAAUAACAUAAAAAUUAAGUGAUUUUUUUAAGCAUAUAUGUAUAUCUCACCUGGCCUCCAUUACACUCAUCCCCCUAAACCUCACUCCGAUCCCGGACGAGCCCCCACAUAUAGCCCACUAGUCCUGCUGCACCCAACCCGCGCUGAGCUGAGAUCGAACCGGCGAUUCUGUGUAUGGGAGUCGGUUGCUCUAACAAGUUGGCGAAAGACCAUGUCUCCUAGUGUCUGUCUCUAGAGCUCCUUUUGAGAUCAGAAGAGUGUGGUUUACCUGCAUAGCACUGUGCUAGCUGGCCUACAUUACUCACACGCUCUAAACCUCACUCCUAUCCCGGACAAGCCCCCACAUGUAACAUAUUGGUCAACUGUACCCAGACUGCGUUGAGCUGGGAUCGAACCACCGAUUGUAUGUAUGGUAGUCAGUUGCUCUAACAAGGAGGUUAAAGACCAUGGCCUCUAGCGUCUUGUCACUAGAGCACCUUUUGAGGUCAGAGGAGUGAGGUUUACCUGCAUAGCACUUUGCUAGCUGGAUUCUGUUAGACUCACCCCCUUAAACCUCACUCCUAUACCGGACGAGCCCCCACACAUAACCCACUGGUCCUACUGCACUGAGCUGGGGACCCUUGUCAGUUGCUCUAACAAGGAGGCCAAAGACCAUGGCCUUUAGCAUCUGUCCCAAAAGCGUCUGACCCAAAAAUGUGCUUGUUUUAAGAAAUAACAAAAUAAUUAAGUGAGUUUUUUAAGCAAAAAUGUAUAACCCACCUGGCCUCCAUUACACUCACCCUGCUAAACCUCACUCCCAUCCCGGACGAGCCCCCUCAUAUAACCCACUGGUCUUACUGUACCCAGACUGCGCUGAGCAGUCGAACCUGCGAUUCUGUACUUGGAAGUCAGUUGCUCUAACAAGGAGGCUAAAGACCAUGGCCGCUAGUGUCUGUUGCUAGGACUGAGGAUUACCUACGUAACAUUUUGGUAGCUGGCCUCCAUUAUAUAUAUAUAUAAACAAGAUUAUUUUGCUUACCCCAUUGGCAGAUUAUUUUGCUCAUUUUAGGGAAAAACUAAUUUAAUUUUGACGUAUUAUUUCUGAAUAUAAGACAAUAUUUGUUUCUUGUCUAGAAAAUGCUUCUUGAUUUAAUAGUUCUUAGAUAUUUGGACUAGAAACAAGACAAAAACUCGUUUCUUUUGUCUUUUUCCCACAUGAAAAGUAUCUAAAUAUGAGUUUAUUUAAAUGUGAAAAGUAUAUUUGAGAAGCAAAAUUGUAGCAUUUGUCAAAUUUAAUUGUAUAUAUAAUAAUAAUAAUAAUAAUACACAUAACAAUAAAACGUUUGUCAAAUAUUCAGUUCUGAUUUUCUUUUGUAAAAAUGAAAAUUAAUAAUAUAUUUGUCAAAUGGACAAAAAAAAAACAAGCAGUUUUGCUUCUCAAGUAUCACGUUUCAAGAAUGUUUGGCAAUUUUUCUCAAAAACAACACAACCUGCUAAUAUUUAUUAAUAUUAUGAUGAUUAUUAUAAGCAUUUUCAAUGUAAAAACAGUCACUGGCCAUCUCUACAAGGAGUGAGUGUGUACUUGUUCGAAUGAUAGCAUUGUAGCGUGUGCAUUUCUGUCUGAUGUGUAUGUGUGUGUGUGUGUGUGUGUGUGUGUGUGUGUGUGCGCGCAUAUGUGUGAAAAAAAGCAAGAACAAAAGGUUUACACACCCAAAUGCUGUACACUAACAUUUCACUCUCACUAAUGCAUGACAGGAUUUGAACAAAGAGCUUUAGUUAUGAAUAUCAUUUCCUAUGAAUCAAUAAUAUGGAGAAAUAUGUACAUUUACCGUGAUUUAAAAAAAAUAAUGAUCUAUAACAUCCCAAGAGGCUAAAAGAAAUGUUUUAUUUGUUACAUACACUAACUGGCCACUUUAUUAGGUACAGCUGUCCAACUGCUCGUUAAUGCAAUUUUCUAAUCAGCCAAUCACAUGGCUGCAACUCAAUGCAUUUAGGCAUGUAGACAUGGUCAAGAUGAUCUGCUGCAGUUCAAAUCGAGCAUCAGAAUGGGGAAGAAAGGGGAUUUAAGUGACUUUGAACGUGGCAUGGUUGUUGGUAUUUCAGAAUGUUGUUGGAGUAUUUCAGAAACUGCUGAUCUACUGAGAUUUUCACGCACAACCAGAAUGGUCUGAGAGAAAGAGUAAAUAUACAUCGAGUGGCAGUUCUGUGGGCGCAAAUGCCUUGUUGAUGCCAGAGGUCAGAGGAGAAUGGACAGUAAGGUGUACCUAAUAAAGUGGCCGGUGUGUGUAAAUUGGAACCAGUACAUGCUAAUAUUAUGCAACAGUGAAAAGAAAAGCUUUUGGAAUUACGUGUUUCUUUGUGGAGGAUAAAAAAAUAUCAGAGGAAGUGUAUUGAAAUUGGUUUGAAGGCGAAAUGAAUAGAGGUGUUGAAGAUCUCAUCAAUGCUGGGCAGAUCCUGAGUAAAUCUCUCCUAUAUUAAAGCUAAGCCCUUCCGUCAAACACAAUGCUGAACUGUUAGUAGCAAUUCUCCCACAUAUCCUUUUGUAAAGCUCACUCGGUUCAUUUCUAGCAAUCAUACUCUAGUAAUUUUUUUCUUCUUCUCGGAAUUACAGAAUUUCCGGAGGCGUUUUUUAAUAAUUUUUUUUUUUUUUAAGAGAUCUACAUUGGUAAAUUCACGUAAAUGCUAUGCGGAUGGCAGGACAUGCCGUACUUCCUGAAACCGUCGGUUUGUCUUCCACUUUUUUUGGGUAUUUUUGUCUUGCACUCAGGCUUGAUGAAAGAUGCCGUGUGUUUGGGUCUGUUUUACAGCCUGGUAAAGACAGCAGAUGGCCGGCCCGUGGUUCAUUUUAUUGAAUUUUUUUGAAUGGUUACUGUCUGCUUCUGGUCUGAUUUCUGAAGCUCAAAGUAUACUUGUGUGCUUAAAAAUAUACUUGAUAUAUCUGUGUACACUACAAAUAAUGUGGAGUUGUGCCAAUUUAAUUUUGGGUGAAUUAUGGACAAGCUAAAUUAAACUGUUCAGAUACAUUUUUUUUAUUAAGUAGAAAUUUUUUACUUAAUAUGGUCAGGCUUGUCUCUUUUUUCCACCAAUUUGGG